GAGGGGAGGAAAAAAAAGUGAAAAUUCCUAAAAGUAAUGAACAAUUAAUUGAUGAGUGUUUAAAAAAAAGAAAUGAUUUAAUGAAGAAUAUUUAUGAUGAAAACAUAAAUAGAAGGAAUCAUAAAUUGUAUGAUGAAAAAAAUGAAAAAAGAGAAGAAACAAGUAAGAAAAAACAAUUAAAUGAGUAUAAUAAUAAGGAUUAUUACUUUCCACUGGAAAAUAAAAGAAAUGGUAUUUUUUUAAAUAUAUUCAAUAAAUAUAAUAAAGUAUGUAAAGAAUUAAUAAACAAAAAGAGCUCUAUGCUGGAAUUGUGGAGAAAAGAAAAAUGGUUCCAAGAAUUAAAAGAAAGAUGGAUAAAUGAAGAAAAAUAUGUUUUAUAUGAACAAGAAAAAGAAAAAGGAAAAGAUAAAGAAAAAGAUAAAGAAAAAGAUAAAGAAAAAGAUAAAGAAAAAGAUAAAGAAAAAGAUAAAGAAAAAGAUAAAGAAAAGGAUAAAGAA